UAUUCUGGCUGAAUCAGGCCGCGUUUACAGCUAAAAUGUAUUUAAUUCUAUUAAUUUGUUUAUUAGUGUUAGUUUUAACAGUGUCUUGGUGGUCGAUGUUAAAUCGCAUAUGUAAAAGCAAUGUACCUGGACCAUUUCCACUGCCGAUCAUUGGAAAUGCUCAUCAGUUCGUAGUGAGAUCCACGGAAUUUCUGGGACUUCUCAAAAGUUUCACGGAUAAAUACGGUGACGUCUUCAGAGUACAUUUCUUUAGCUAUCCCUAUGUAUUAAUAUCCCAUCCAAAGUAUGCCGAGGCUUUGGUUUCAAGUGCCGAUUUGAUAACAAAAGGACGAUCGUACUCAUUUUUGAAAGCCUGGCUGGGUGAAGGUCUCCUUACAGCUUCAGGCCCCAGGUGGAGACUACAUCGCAAAUUCUUGACGCCGGCCUUCCAUUUCAACAUAUUGCAGAAUUUUCUGCCUGUGUUCUGCAAAAAAUCGGAGAUAUUACGAGACAAAAUACGACGUCUCGCUGAUGGACAACCCAUCGAUUUGUUUCCCAUUACCGCUUUGGCAGCUCUUGAUAAUGUUGCAGAGUCAAUUAUGGGGGUGUCAGUGAAUGCUCAACAAAACAGCGAAUCCGAAUAUGUUCGCGCUAUCGAAACUUUAUCACAAAUAACAACAUUACGUAUGCAAAUUCCAUUGCUGGGCGAGGAUUUCAUCUUUAAUCUGACAUCGUAUAAGAAGAAACAGAAUAUCGCCUUGGAGGUGGUACAUGGACAGACAAAAAAAGUUAUUGAAGCGAGACGUUGCGAACUUGAAAAAAAUAAUAAAACAAAUAUCAGUGGAACCAACGAAUAUGGUAUAAAAAAUAAACAUGCAUUUUUGGAUCUUCUGCUUUUGGCCGAAAUUGACGGCAAACUAAUUGAUGAACAGAGUGUCAGAGAAGAAGUAGAUACUUUCAUGUUUGAGGGUCAUGAUACAACAACUUCUGGUAUUGUGUACACAUUAUUUUGUCUUUCGAAGCAUCCUGAUAUACAAGAGAAAUUGUAUGAAGAGCAACUAACCAUUUUCGGCGAAGAAAUGGACCGGACUCCUGCGUACAAUGAACUGGCACAAAUGAAGGUUCUGGAGUUGGUCAUCAAGGAAUCGUUGCGGAUGUAUCCAUCGGUACCGCUGAUCGAACGUUUGAUCACAAAGGAUGCUGAGGUUGGAGGUCUGAAACUAUCUAAAGGAACAUCGGUCGUGUUAAACAUAUUCCAGAUGCAUCGAAAUCCAGAAGUGUUCGAGAAGCCCCUGGAAUUCAUUCCUGAACGAUUCGAUUCAUUAGAACACAAAAAUCCUUUCAGCUGGCUCGCUUUCAGCGCUGGCCCGAGGAAUUGCAUUGGUCAAAAGUUUGCAAUGAUGGAGAUGAAAGUGACGCUAUCAACAUUAGUAAGAAAUUUUAAACUGGUACCGGUCGAUAUAGAACCGAUAUUAUGUGCAGAUCUUAUACUCCGUUCCCAGAAUGGCGUCAAAGUUGGAUUUUUACCAAGAACUCAAUCGAAUUCAAAAACGUAA